GUGACCGUCAUGAAGUAACGUUAACGGGGGGGACUGAACAGAGCGGAGCCGAUCCGUCAGUCGGUUAGUGUCCGGAGGAAGGAGGCAGACUGAACGUCGGAAAAGAGAAAAAAUGGGAAUAACUCCCUGUAGAUGUGCUUUGUUCCGGUCCACAUCCACGGUGUAGACUCGGAGAACCAACCGUACACCGUGUCUGGUUCUCCGGCUGACAGCGGAUCCACCGCAGCUAGCUGGGUUAGCAGCCCGCCGUCACCGUGAGGCUCCCGACCGACCGGGCGGGCGGCAGAGUAGAGCUCAGGAGGGGCUGUGACAAAGGAAGGAGCCAUGAACCGCUUCAGAAAGUGGCUCUAUAAACCCAAGAGGACGGACCCGCAGCUUCUGGCCCAGUUCUACUACGCCGACGAAGAGCUCAACCAGGUGGCCACUGAGCUGGACAGCCUGGACGGCAGGAAGGACCCUCAGAGAUGCACGCUGCUGGUCAACCAGUUCCGGUCCUGCCAGGACAACGUGCUGAACAUCAUCAGCCAGAUCAUGGAUGAAUGUAUCCCCAACGACCGCGCCAACAGAGACUUCUGCGUCAAAUUCCCCGAGGAGAUUCGCCAUGACAACUUGGCGGGACAGCUGUGGUUCGGUGCUGAGUGUUUGGCUGCAGGCUCCAUCAUCAUGAACAGGGAGAUAGAGAGCAUCGCCAUGAGACCCCUGGCGAAAGACCUGACGCGCAGCCUGGAGGAGGUGCGCAGCAUCACCAGAGACCAGGCCCUGCGAGACCUCAACUACUACACAGACCGCAUGAAGGACGCUUUACGACAUUUCGACGGCCUUUUCGCUGAGUUUGAGCUCAGCUACGUGUCAGCCAUGGUGCCUGUGAAAAGUCCCAAAGAAUACGACGUGCAGCAGGAGGUGAUUGUCCUCUUCUGUGAAACUGUUGAACGGGCACUCAGGCUGGGCUACCUCACCCAGGACAUGAUCGAUGACUACGAACCUGCGCUGAUGUUUACCAUUCCCAGACUGGCCAUUGUUUGUGGGCUGGUCGUUUAUCCUGAGGGACCUCUUAACCUCGAUCGGAAAUCUGAGGACAUGUCGGAGCUCUUCAGGCCUUUUCGCACUUUAUUGAAGAAAAUAAGAGAUCUCCUGCAGACUCUGACUGAGGAGGAGCUGCUGACUCUGGAGAAGAACCUGUGUAUCUCCCAGGAUGGAGAGUUGGCCUCAAACGGCAUCCCGGUUCCGGUCCAGGAGAACCCGUCUUCCUGCAGCCUCGCCAACGACGCCUCCAACGGGCAGGACGGCGGGGAGGAGGACCCGCUCCCCGUGUUCGUCUCCCCUGAUCAGGACGAGGAGUUGGCGGAGGUGGAGAGCGGCUGGGAGGAGGUGGAAACCGAAAACGGUGAGGAGGAGCCGGAGCAGGGCCUGCUGUGUGAGGAGGCGGAGGAGGCGGAGUUAGCCUGCUCCAUGCAGUAUGACGAGGAGGAGCUGGAGCAGCUCAACAUGAUGGUGUACAGGGUGGGGGACGAAAUGUCCACGCUGCUGUCCCCGCCCAGCCAGGGCCAGUCCCCGGCCCGCCGGCCCAGCAGGGGGGAGCCUGCUGGCUCCAGCGGGGCCUCCAGCACGCAGGCGUCGCCACGUAGGAUGGCGGCGAACCGAAUCAGAACCAGCGUCUACGUGGAGGAGGAGGAUCGGGUUUUCUUCAUGGAGGACGUCGACGCGGCAGGAGACGGCAGCUGCAUCGUGUCUCCUAAAGCUCUGCCUAAAGGAUCGACGCCUCCACUGCAGCAGAAACCCGGACCCGGUUCUGGUAUCAACGGAUGGAGCUCUGCGACAACGUCAGAGCAGCCCUGUCCCGCGGCAAAGCGCCCCCUCUGCUCCCACGCCCCCCGCAAUGAGCCGCUGCCUUACAGCAACGGCUGGGACAGGGGGUUAGAGGGCACUGCGUCAGAAACGGCGGAGGUCAUCGCCCACCGUAUGGGCGGGAUGAAGCUGUCGGCCACCGUCAUCUUCAACCCGCGCUCACCAAGCCUGACGGAGCUGGCCGUGGACAAGCUGCUGCUGCCCCGGCCCGCUGCAUCCGAGAUCGAGCCCUGCGGCCCCCUAGUGGCCACUCACUGUCUGUUGAACUCCUGCGUGUGCUGCGGGAGCUGCGAGGACACUCAUGAAGAUGGCGGCGUCGCCUCGGAUACCGCCGGCUUGGAGCUGGGCCUGGCUCUGGGUCUGGACAAACACUGCAAGAGGCCGGCGUCCAGCGCCGUCAUCCAGUCCGCCGCCUGCCAGCUGCCUCCGCGCGCCCACCAGCGGUUCGCUAAGGGCGAGCUCGCCCAGCAGACUCCCCCGUCCACCCGCCGCCCUGGGGAUCCGCCAGCGGAGCGCUCAGAUUCGUUGCUCUGUGACAAGUGCCUGGUGGCUCCAGGACGGGGCUCCAGAGGAAGCCAGGGAGCGUCAACGUUCAGCCACCAACUGAGCCACGACAGGAGGCAGCAAGCCGGCGAAGCCCGGCAGCAAGAAAACAGCCUGGACAACGACAGGAUAGACAAUAAGGAGCCCAAGGAGGACAUUAGGAGAUGCUUCAGUUUUCAGAAGUCGCCCCUCAGCUCUGUGUCAGGUAGUGACUGCGACAGUGUGUCGGUCACCACAUGUAGUCUGUCGAGCAGUGCUUACACUCCAAGCCCCGUCAGCAGCCUGACUCCGAGCUCAGGGACUUCGGAGGACCUGGACCAGCAGGAGGUCAGGCGGGCCCUGCAGGACGCCAGGGUGGCAGCGAGGAGCAAGAUCCGCUCCCGGUUUCACAGCAGCAGUGACCUCAUCCACCGUCUCUUCGUUUGCAUAUCAGGCGUCGCCGAUCAGCUGCAGACCAACUACGCCAGCGACCUGCGAAGCAUCCUGAAGACUCUCUUUGAAGUAAUGGCCACCAAGUGCGAGCAAGGAGACAACGAUAAGCAAAAAAAGGUAGGCCCCGUUCUGCGCAGUGCGGUGCUGGAGGAUUGUGCUCUCUGUCAGGAAACUAUUUCUUCAUCAGAACUGGCAGCCAAAGCCCGGGAGGGACACUUCGAAGAUCCUCCAGACUGGGUCCCCGACGACGCCUGCAACUCCUGCAUCACCUGCAAGGCUCCCUUCACCGUCAUUCGCAGGAAGCAUCACUGUAGGAGCUGUGGAAAGAUCUUCUGCUCCCGCUGCUCAUCCCACUCGGCUCCGCUGCCGCGGUACGGCCAGGUGAAGCCCGUCCGGGUCUGCACCCACUGCUACAUGUUUCAUGUCACGCCUUUCUACAGCGACAAGCCCGCCAUCUGAUCCCAGGUCAGAACCAAAAAGCACACCGUCUGCUCCAAGAGCAUAAUAUGCAACGGACAGAUUCACUCCACAAUGCUCCAGAGAAACCUUAAAGGUCAUGAUUGUAGUUGCUGACCUCAGCCGCAGGGAGCGGAGAGUCCAGCCCAGAACCUCGGGUCUGAUUGUAGGAACGCCGAGGCGUCAGCAGAACUGAAAGUCCAGUCGCUCUGCAGUCUGCUUCACAGAAUCAGAACACUUUUCCCUUCUGCAGGUGUGAAUAAUCAAGCUUCCUCUUUGCUUCUGUGAGCUUCCCACAUAUUUCCUGGUGCCGGCGCUCCAACAGAACUCGGAUCAGUAGAGCUGGGGAUACGGCUUCAAAAUUUAACCUCAGAUCUGGUUUCCAAAUUUUUUCUUUUCUAAAAACUACAUUUCUAUUUUUAUUUCAAUCAUCUGCAAGCUGUACGACAGAGUAUCAGAGCCAGGCUACAAAAUGUUUUUAAUUAUGAGAAUAAUAAAAUGUUAGCAGAAUAAUGACACAAUUUUACAAAAAGAACAUCUUAAAAUUACAGGAAAAUACAUUUUAAUGAGAAAAACUCCUAUUUAUCAGGAUCUGACUUGAGCAGAUCAGUUUGUUCUAAAUAGAAACAUUAAUUUCAAAGUCCUGCUACUGACACUAAUUUAAAUUUAUUAUUUUCACAUCUUAAAACGAUACUAAAGUAUAACUUCACAAGAUGCUCAACAUUUUAAUUUUUGUUUCUUUUCAUGCCAGAGUUUUCAUUAAAUUACAAUUUCAUCCUUUUAAAAUUACAUCUUUAUUCUGGUAAUACUUUAACUUUAUUGUUGUACGACUUUAUUCUGGUAAUAUAAAUGAAAUUGUAGCCUGCUCCUAAUAUUUCAUCGUAGAGUUAAACUGAGUUCAAAAUCCAAAUAAAUAGAAGCUUUAAACAUGCUUGUCAAACAAGAUGGCCGCCCUGGCCGCGCUCACGUCUGAAUUAAAGAAACCCCAGGAACGCAGUAGUAAAGAAAAUCCAGAUUUCCCAAAAAAUAAAAGUUCAAAAGCCAAAAAUCCGAUUAAUCGAUCAAAUCGAUUUAUUGCCCAGCCUUAUGGAUCGGAUCAGACGAAUGUAAGUCAAACCACCAUGUAAAUAAUGAUUCUAUCUGCAAGCAACGGAGCCACCAAACCAACUCAGCAGGCUGAAACUGAAACACAGGAAUCUUUUGAUGAUAUGAGCUUUGUGAGGAGUUUAGUUUUUUCUAACGUGAUGAAUGUCUAACUGUGCGUGGGAGACGAGGUCUGGAUCGUAACCUAGCAUCCAAUUUGCUGCACUGAGAAAAAAACAUAAAGUCUUACCAAGUAUUUUGGACUAAUUUCUAGUUCAAACAUUUUGGUACAUUUGAAGUGACAAAAAACUAACUGAAAAGUAACUUUUCAGCAAAAUAUAAGAGCUUGUUUUAAGUCAGUAAUGUUUCACUUAAAACAUGGGAAAAUGUUUUGUUAUGAAUUAAAUAAUCUGCCAGUAGUGCGAGAACUUUUUUAUUAUUUAUUGACUUAAUACAAACUCUUACGUCUUGCAGAAAAACUACUUUUAAGUUACUUGAUGUCUUAUUUUAGGUGUACUAAGAUAUUUGCGAUUAGGGCCGUUAAAGACUGACUGAAAAACUGAGGAGUAAAUUUCCAAGAAAAAUGCUGAAAUUUUUAGAUUAAUUUCAGAAUUGUUUUUAGAAAAAAAAGUAGCUCCAAAUUUCUUUGUUGAAAAGUUGAAAAUAAAAAAAUAAAAAACUCAAAUUCUGAGGUUAAUUUGAGUAAUCUUUUUUUUUCUUUUAAAUAGUACAUUUCUUAGAUGAAGAGGUAAAAAUUUUCUUUAAAAAAAUCUGAAAUUCUGAGAUUAAUUUCUGUAAUAUUUCUGAAAAAAACUUGCAUAUUUCUUAGUUGAAAAUAAUCUAGAAAAUCUAAUCAAAUUCUGAGAUUAAUCAAAAAUUUUCUACAAAAAAAUCUGAAAUUUCAGUUUAAAAAAAAAAAGUUUGAAAAGUAGAAAUUGGCUUAAAAAAGUCAUAAAUUUUGGAGAUUGAUCUCAGAAUUUCUGAAUUUGUCUUGGAAAUUUGCUCCUCCUCCUCUUUUCAUUUUUAUUUAUUGCAGAACGCUGGCCCUGAUAUGCAGUCGGAUAUUUGCAGUAGCAACAAGACCAAAAAUACUCUGUAGGAUUUUGUGAUUUUGCAGUGCAUCCCUUCACUGCGGUCAACCUUUGACCUUUUGGAGCUCAAACUCUCAGGUGCAGCCUUGCAGGAAUGCAGGGCUGCCCAUCUUUCCUCACUUCCUCAUCGCUUUAUUGGUGCAAUAUUGUUGAUUGCGACGGUUCUGCACACGAUGAGACAGACCUCUGAUAUUUUGGUUCUUUCAGAAACGUUUGUGUUCAAAAUAACAGCAAAAAUAAAAACCAAUUCUUGUUAUAAAUUAUACUGAUAAUUUAUAACAAGAAUUGGUGCAGCAGAACAAAAUAAACCAACAGACAACAAUAGUAACACACAGAGCUGAUUAUUCUCAAUGUUAGCAGCAGGUCGUAGUGAGUUGAAAUAGUUUUAAUAAAAGUUCAUUUUAGGAAGAAAAAUGUCAGAAAAAGAAAAUGAAAUUGUUCACUGAUUGAAAUCUUUGAGCACUUUUCAGUUUGUACAAGGGGUGUGCAAUUUAUUUUUUACAUGGACCAAAACCAUUUUGUGAAAAUCCCAAUUUAUAAAGUAAAAUAUAGCAUUAUUAUUAUUAUAGAUCCAAAAAUUUAAAAUAAUUUUUCACAUUUGCUUUAUUAAACAAAUGUCAUCCAGUUUUCAGAUUUUUUUAGGCUUGAUUAAAGAAAUUAUUCUUGUUUAUAAAAGCAAGAUUUGGGUCAGUUUCUUUCUUUAAUAAAUUAAAUAAAUGCUGAUUUGGGUGCAUCAAAGUCAACUUUUCAGUAAAAGUAGAAGUGGUUCUACAUACUAAAGAAAGUUGGUCCUAAAAAUAUGAAUUAUUUGUGUUUUACUCAACAUUUUCCAUUGCAAAGAAAUGAAGUCACCAAUAAUUCAAACCUGAUUAAAAAUAAAAAGUUUAAGCAAUAAAUUUGUAUCUUUCUUGAACAGCAGUUGGGGGCCCACAAAAAAAUAGCUCAAGGCCAGAAAUGGUCCCUGAGCCGCACUUUGAACACCUCUGGCUUAUAUACAUUAAAUAUUCCUCAAUUUCUGUAAAAUAUUUAUACAUUUUUCAUCAUUUUUGAUUCAUAAUAGGGCAGUAAUCCUUAUAAAUUUGGAAUGUAUGGAAAUUUUAAACACUGCUGUUAUUUUGGACACAUUUCUGUUUUAGUAACAAUAAAAAAUCUGAUAUUUUUCCGAGUAAAGAUGCUGAUUUGAGCCUCCAGUUAACGCUAAGCAGAAGUUUUUAAUUUGUCCGUUCUGCUCUGACCUGAAGCAGCUUCUCAGGCUCUAAAUGUUCAGUAUCACCCGGCGACUCUCAUUGCAUCUAAAAACACACAAACUUAACUCUGAAACACUAUUUUUUUCUUUUAUAAAGAAUGCAGAUAACAUGGAACUGUAAUUACUAUGAUGUAAAGACAAGGAAUCAUGCAGUAGUGAAGAGUGGGAUAUUCUGUUAUUUUUAUUAUUAUUUCAGAGCUUUGUCUUAUUUUGUAAAACUCUUAAUUUGUUUCCAUAAGAGCUGUGUAAAAUAUUCAACAGAUAAAUAAUGUUAUAUAGUUUUAAAUGGGAUGUAUAUUGAAAUAAAUAACUUUUCUGUUUGA